CCAAAAAAAUAGAGAUGGAAGCAACACUAUGUGAUUCAAAAAGCCUGUCAUCUGAUCAAGAUGGAACUAAUGAUCAAGCCAACAUCGCGAUCCGAGAGUUAAAAAUUUAUCAAAAACAAUGGAGUAUAAAUGUUCGUGUCUUACGUAAUACUAUAGACUCCUUUAAGAAUGGAGAAGGGAAUAAACAAAAGCUAAUUCUAAUUGAUGAAGAGGGAACACUUAUCCAAGCAAUUUUAUUUAAUAAGCUGAUAGAAAAGUUCAGCGGUUUAUUGAUAAAGGAAGAGACGUAUACUAUAACCAAUGGAGAAGUAAAGCCUCCAAAUUUGAAAUAUCCAACAAUUAAUCCAGAAAAGGAGUUGACACUCACAACAAAGACAAUCAUUCGAGAAACAAAAAAAAUUGUAUCAUUGGAAAAGUUGAAACCAACAUUCCUUUCAUUUAAAGAUGUUUCUGCUUUUGAUGAUGGAAUAAUGCCUUUUGAUGUUGUUGGAUUCGUAAUAACUGUGAAACCAAUUUUUACCAAUCCCAAAUCCAAAAGAAGGGAGGUCAUAAUUAUGAAUAAAGAGCGAGUUUCAAUUACUACAAAAUCAUCAACUCUGGUGCUCGUGAAUCCUGAAAUUCCACAAUGUAGCGAAAUGAUAGACUGGCUUAAAAAUUCAAACAGUGAAAGCAGUAAAAGUGUAUUGUUGACAACAACAAAAAGGAUUACUCAAGCAAAUAGGGUCAAGCUUAUUGAUGUUAUCAAUACUUCGCCUCAAUUGUCUAAGAGUAUGUUUUGCUCAUUUGUGGCAAAAAUUAUAACAAUAAUCAAUGCGGAAGAACCAUUUUUUAGUGCAUGUACAAAAUGCAAAAAGGCAGUGCAUGAGAUUAAUGGCAGCACAGCAAAUUGUACAAACUGUAAAAAUGGAAAUUCAGAUUGGACAAUCAGGUAUAAUUUGCGACUAGAGGUGAAUGAUGGAACAGAUACAGCAUAUGUAACUUUAUUUGACGAAGCAGAAAUUUUAAUUGGUUGCACAGCUAUUGCAUAUGUAGAGAUGUUUGAGGAUGAAUCUUCUGAAUGCUACCAGAAAAUGAAAUCAUGCUUAGAAAAGGAAUAUGUUUUCCUUGUGAAGAUAAAUGAGAAAGAAGAAUCCAAUCGAAAAGCAAGAUGUAUAAUUGCGCAGGAGGUUCGAAAAGUAGAAGAAAUACACCCUCCUACUGUGGAAACUGAAGAAACUGGCAGGAACAAAGUUAUUGACGCCAGAAAAUGACUAUUUGGACUCAAGAGUGAAAUGCUGAAAAAGAAAA